CGGUAGUGUAAACUACAACUUUUUUGUUACUCGCACACGAUUCAUUGAGAAAAAUUAAAAUUAAAAUAAUAUUUAUUUAUAAAUAAAAUUACUUUUACAGAAAUUGCCGCGACGAACGACAAUUACCUACGAACACUUGUAAUAAAAGAAAUUUAAAUGAAAUAAUUGUGUGUGUUAUAAAUAAUGCAAAACAUUUAAAAAAAUAAAAAUAAUUAAGUAAAAUAUUCUACCUGUGGAUUAUUCCACUUUUGCCGGCAAAAAACGCUUCUUUCAAAACAUUGUGCAAUAAAACCGAUCGUUGUCAUGUAAUUCAAAUCAGAACUUGAUGAAAUAUUUAUAUGUGAAAUUACUCAAUAAAAAAAAUAAAAUAAUUAUAUUGCCAUAAGUUAUAAUUUUGAAAAUAAAACAAGUGCUCAGUAUAAUAAUUAUUUUUGUGUUAUCUAAUCUAAACUACUAAAAAACUGCGUAAAAUAUCGUUCAAGAAAGUAUAAUUGGAAGAUAAUAGUUGAAAAUUACAUAAAAAAAUUACUUGAAAAUUAUCUAAUUACAAAAAAUUACAAUCAAGUGAAUUAACGAACAUACCAAGGUCUAAUAUAAUAAAAUAACGAAUGUUUCAGAACGAUUCUGAAAAAUAAAUAAAAAAAAUAAUUAGAGUGUAAAAAUCAAAGAACAACAAUGAAAGACAUACUUAAUAACAAGACCUUACCCAGAGGAACAAUUUACAAGGAUGUCGUCAUUAUUGGCAACGGACCAAGUGGCAUAUCACUUUCAUACUAUUUUUCGGGCCAUUGGCCCUACUGGAUACCCGAAAAGACUGACAAACAUCCCGACGAACUGCUUCGAGCACGUUUGCGACACGCGGAUGGCACGAAAAGUUUAGUAGAGCAGGAUUUGUUUGAACUUGCCGACGGAAUUGAGGGACGCAGCACGAAUCCGGUGUCGUUACUUUUGGACAGCUUACAAAACCCCAAUGCUGACCUGGGUAUGCAAAUGCCAUCGAUGUUGGAAUACAAAUACCAUCCAGAGAAAGAGAUUGACCAUAUUGUAAUUGGCAGAGGCCCAGCAGGUGGCAGUUGGCACAGAAUGGAUCCAAAUUUACGUACACUCUCGCUGGCGGCAUGGAUGUCGUUGCCCGGUUCGGAUUUUAAUGAAUGGGAUCGAAGACAUUCGACGGAAAAGCAGCUCCAACAGGACCAAAACAUCGAAAAUCGUUGCGAAAAGUGCGCCGUAUUGCGAGAAAAUCCCUCCGACGACGAUUUUGUGAUGUCAAACAACAACGAAUCCGAAACGGGAGCUCUCUGUUGCAAAUGCAGCACGCAACAACAACUAAUUAACAAAGUUCCUCGCCGAAAUCUCUCGCUGAAGAGGCAAAUAUCGAAGGAAGUUGAGACAAGGGCGCUUAUUUCGCGAGUUGCCGAGUACUAUGAGAGCUACGUCGACGAAAUGGGCUUGAAAAAGUACUUUUUGAACGAUGCCAUCGUCACGAGCGUUUAUCCGAUCAAAAUGUGUCGCGAAAAUUUCGAUGGAAAAUACAAAGAUGCCAAAUGGAUCGUGUCUGGCUUUAAUCGUUUAACGAACAAAUCCUUCAGUUACGUGUGUCAACAUCUCGUUCUCGCAAAUGGAGCAUCAGAUCUCGCAAAUCGUCUCGGAGUACGUGGCGAAGGCUUGUCAAUUCCGUGGCUCAAGUACGAAUUACCUCAUUUGGAGUAUGCCUUGCAAAAAUUGCGUCCCAUCGAGAGGCUCAAGUUGAAACCCGUGAUGAUUGUAGGAGCUGGUUUAUCCGCAGCGGAUGCUGUUUCCAUGUGUCGCUCCUCUGGCAUCCCCGUAAUUCACGUUUUUCGGAGUCGUACUGUGGGUCUCGAUAAGCAAUUGCCGGAAAAUGUUUAUCCAGAAUAUCAUGAAGUCCAUAAAAUGAUGAAAGAUCCAUCGAAGAAAUAUGAUCUCUACACCCCGCUAUCGGAGCACACAAUUGCUGAUCUGUAUCCCAUUCCAACGUCCUCUGGCAGUCACAAAGUUACGGUUCAGCAUUUAAAGACACACGAAACGCACGAAAUUGAAGUCUCCUUUUGUGCGAUUCUCAUCGGUUCGCGUCCCGAUUUGCGAUUUUUGGGCGGAAUUGAGUGCGAUACCACACAAUGUGACGAAAUUAUUUCACUUUCGCCCCAAAACACAGACUCCCCAUUGAUCCCGCAAGACCUUGAUAUCGCAACGCUCGUUUCGAAGAAACUCCUGUGGCUCAAAAGUUUGUGCGCAAAAUGCCGACACAUCAGCAAAUGUGAUAAAACGUCGAACAAAAAGGCCGUUGGCAUGAAAAUCUGUGAUCACGACGAACGAAUUCAGUGUGCGAAGCUGGAAAAGAAGACUUUAGUGCGAAAUUCCGAAGACGAUGGCGGCAAAAAGAAACAUUAUCGCACCUUUGGACUCGGCGAAGACCCCACAAAACCCGUCGAUUGCAAAAAUAAUCCCAUCGCAGUCAACAAGUAUACAUAUCAAGUUUCAAAAUACGGAAACAGUAAUUUAUACGCACUCGGACCCCUUGCUGGCGACAAUUUUGUCAGAUUUAUUCCGGGCGGAGCGCUUGCCAUUACAGCGGCACUUCACAAGCAGAAAAACCAAAAACGAUAAAAAAAAUAUUAAUUUUUCGAAUCCUUUAACAGUGAGAAACAUUAACCCGUGAUAUUGACAUGACUUAAAAGCUCAACGAAGAUUUUGGUCAGCCUUGCAAAACAAAGAAAAUUAACGUUGUGUUAGGAAAUAAGGAAAUUUUUGUAGACUUUUAGAGAAAUUACGAGAGCAAAGAAUUCAAAUUCAAAAAAAAAAGUAGCAAAUUCAAACAAAACUUAUCCUAUAUACUCCCACAGUAUUUUACAAAAAUAAUUAACUCGAUAAUUUUACAGGUAUUAGCAAUAAAAAAAAAUCGCCUAUUUUAAUUUAAUUAAAACAAAACAAAAAAAUGAAACCCAAACCACUACCGUUCAAAAAUUGCCAUUGAUGCAAUUUUCGAUCAUUCCAUUUUUAUCCCUCGUGUUGCGUUAAAUUUUAUUUAAAGAAAAAAAAAUUAAAAGUAAGUUAGUUCAAAGAUUUCUUGACUGACGAUACGCUUUUUUUGUAUAAAGUUAUAAU